AUGUACCAUGCGGUGUCUACGGUUAUGGCGAUGAGGAGGAAUGGUGCGUCCCGCGACGCGAUGCGAGGCGUCGACUCGGAGGCGCAUAAUUUCCAAGAAUACACAUACAAGAAGAUCACACCAUGUGAUGUCUGCUCUCAAGUUCUGCGAGGGCACACUCGACAGGGUCUGAGGUGCAGAAUAUGCAAAAUGAACGUACACACGGACUGCAUGCCUCAAGUUGGCAAAUGUCAAACGAAAUCACGACUCUUGCGCCGACAGAAAAGCACCUCCGAAAUUGAAGCUCACAGGAUCCAAGAUCCUGGCUACGAAGAAGAAAGGUGCCUGCCCGGACAAAGGCUCGCCAAGAUGUGUUUCAAAAGAACAGUCGAGUUUGAUGAUGGUUAUGAUGGCUACUAUGAGGAGGAGGAAGUGGAUCUGACGUAUCAAGUGCUGAAGCGCGCCAACGAAAUAGCGAAGCCGGGAGGGCCCGUAGUGCGCGUGUCGGCUCCCGAGGAACCUCCGCCGUCGCGGUCCCCGGCCCGGCCAAGCACCGGCCUGGCGGUGGCACCGCAACAAAUCUCCUCCAGCUCAGGUCUGGCGCCGCACCCAGGCUCGUUCGCUUCUCAGCUCCGCGUAGGCCGCCGGCUGUCGCCCGGCGUCACCCGGCAACAGUCGACAGGCAGCUUCAUUAAGACCUUAAGACCACUCGUUUUCAGUAGUGUCGAUUGUUUGCACGCCUUUACGUGUCGGGCGCAGGGCGGGCGGGGUGCGUUUUAUUCGCACCUCCUUUCAGAAAUAGAAGAAACAACAACGCGACCAUUCGGCCAACCGUUGUGUAUCACAAAUGAGAAUGGUGAUCCCCCGCCUUCGAUUUUAAAGCCCACGGCCAGCGUUCGAAAGAAAAAAUGA